AUGGAAUCUCAAAUAUCUCGACUGAUACGCGAGGAGAUUGAUCCCGUUCAUCCCCAAGUGCUAGAAACUUAUAUCCAGGCCCUGACAGCUUCAAAGCUAUCAAGAUCAUCACACACUUCAGUGCUGGAGAAGAAUAAGCAUCUGUUGGCCAACUUUAUUGAUUGUCUCCUGUAUAAUGUAAUGGAGCUACUAGAAUAUUUUCCCAGUUUCUCGGUAGCGGUGAAGGAUCAAAUGCUAAUACUCCACGAGGGAGUAAGGUUCCUGAGCAUCCUCCUCAGGCAGCAGCAAGAGAAAUUCAACGGGCUACAUGAUCAAAUGAAGGAACUUAUUGGAUUUGUGGCCUGUGAUGCAGGAAUUGUGAUUUUAUCCCUUUCACCAACUGAAAUGAUAGAAGGUUUGGCCAAGGAAACAGAUCUCGCACUUUUUCAUUUGGUCAAAGUCCUCAAGUUUAUUAUGGCAGAACUUGCACAAAUUUAUCCACCACCAUCAUUCAGCUUUCCUUGGACCAAUGAGUUGGGCUGCUUUGAUUUCCUCCUAGAAAGUCUCCAGGAACUAUCAAAUUCUGAAGCUGAUUCAAUUCAUUUCCCAAAGGAUCAUAUCCACAGAGUGCAAGAGGAUCUUAUAUUCUUAAGAUCUUUCUUGGAGAAUAUUGUCACGCAGCGCAACCAGAACAGAAAACUCCAACCUCUUUGGGAUCGUGGUAUGGAGGUGGCCUAUAAGGCAAAGUUACUCAUCAACUCUAUUGUAUCUGGGGAUAUAUCUGAAUGUUUGGAUACCCUUGCUGGAGAUAUAGAGCUGAUGAGGACUGAGGCCCUUGGAAUCUCUGACAGCCUCAGCCAUGGCACUGACGCACUGAGAGUUAGCAACAAUUCAGCUGAUACGACAUCAAAACUCAGAACCCCAGCACUGAAUGAAGCUCCAGUGGGUCUUGAUGAAGCAAUAAAGACAAUCACCUGUAGACUUACCGGGGGUUCACGGCAGCUGGAUAUUAUUUCAAUUGUUGGGAUGGCUGGACUUGGUAAGACAACAUUAGCAAACACAGUUUACCACCGUAUGCAAAAUUCAGAUUGUCGCCGCUUUCAUAUUUAUGCUUGGUGUACUGUUUCUCAAUCAUACAACAAGCACAAUUUGUUAGCUCAGAUUUUGUGCAGUAUUCAUCAUGGUAGUCCAGCCAAAUAUCUUAACAAAGAUGAAAAUGAUUUGGCUGAAGAGGUAAGGAGGGUUUUGUUGAGAAAUAGGUAUCUCAUAGUUUUGGACGACUUAUGGGACAUUGAGGCAUGGAAUUUGUUGGAAAGAUCAUUUCCAAAUGAUGCAAACGGAAGCAGGAUUAUCUUAACCAGCAGAAUUCACAGUUUUCCAUUAAAACAUGCUAGUGAACCUUACCAUCUUCGCCUACUUACUGACACAGAGAGUUGGGCAUUGCUGCGAAAUAAGCUAUUUGGCAAAGAAGGUUGUACUCCAACACUAAAUGAAGUUGGAUUCCAAAUUGCAAAAAACUGUAAGGGACUACCUCUCACAAUUGUCCUUGUUGCUGGAAUUCUUGCAACUACUGAGCAAGAUUGCUGGAAAGAAGUUGCAGAAACUCUAAGUUCUAGCAGAAUUGCUGUGGCUGAACAAUGCAAGAGGACACUGGAGUUGAGUUACAGCAAUUUGCCCAGUCAUCUGAAGCCAUGCCUUCUUUACUUCGGAGCAUUCCCAGAAGAUGAAGACGUCCCUGUCCGAAAAUUGAUCUGGCUUUGGACCGCUGAAGGAUUUCUGCAAAAGACUGAAGGAAAGGGCUCAGAGGAUGUGGUAGAUGAGUACUUGAUGGAUCUGGUCCAACGAAGUUUAGUUAUGGUCACCCGACAAAGAUCAAUAGGUGGAGCCAAAGCUUGCCGAAUUCAUGAUUUGAUACAUGAGUUUUGUGUGAAAAAAGCCAAAGAAGAAAGUUUUCUACAGAUUUCGGAUGGGGAAAAUAAUCUUUUCACUCUGACUGGACCACAUAACCUUCAUCGACUAUGUAUUUACAAUACCGAGCCCAAGAAACUUAAAAAUUCAAAGGUAUUUUUUCCCAAUCUACGUUCUUUGCUCUUCUUUGUUAAGUGGAAAGUGGUGCCUUAUUUUCCAACUGGGGUUCUGUUAUUUAAACUUCUUAGAGUUUUGGAUUUGGGGAACUUUAGUUUUAAGUUGGGGAACUUUAGUUUUAAGAGUGGAUUUCCGAUGGAAGUAGUAUUGCUUGUUCACUUGAGAUACUUGGCGCUUUCACGCAUUUUUUCCGUGCCAUCUGAAAUAGCCAACCUCUCAAGAUUAGAAACUUUUCUGGUGACAGCAAGCGGUCGUAAUGUUGGGCUGCCGAUCACUAUUUGGAACAUUCAGACAUUGAGGCAUCUAUGCAUUACAAGUUCCCAGCAUGGUUUUAGUUUUCCUGCUGACAGUCUUGCCGGCUCCCCGGAUUUAAAACAUUUAGAGACUUUAAGCCUUGCAAUUGAUUCCUCUUCUCAAAACUUGCGGAAGAUAUUGACAAAGUUGCCAAGCAUCCGCAGGCUAAAAUGCGUGCCAUCUAGUUCUUCCAGAAACUGGAUUCCCGUUCUGGAUGGUCUAAGUGGACUAAAGUCACUUAAGGUGAAUAAUCUUGUCCCAUCGAGAGUUAAAUUCCCACUGUAUUUGAAAAAGUUGACUCUCGCAUAUACUCAUAUGCCAUGGACCGAAAUUUCAACUAUUGGAAAGCUGCCGAGUCUUGAAGUGCUUAAAUUACGGCAUAAAGCCUUUGUAGGGGAAAAAUGGGAAAUGAAAGCAGGGGAGUUCCUUAACCUCCGAUUCUUGGAAUUGUCAAGAUUGGACCUUCGAAGCUGGACCGCCACUUCUGAUAAUUUUUCCCGUCUUGAGAAGUUGGUUUUGCACCAAUGCAGCAAACUGAAAGAGGUCCCUUCUUGUUUAGGGGAAUGUUCAAAUCUUGAAAUGAUAAAGCUCAAACGGUGCUGUAAGGCUGCUGUGACUUCUGUUAAGCAGAUUCAAGAAGAACAGAUGGAAGCAGGAAAUGAGGGUCUCAGGGUCGUUCUUGGAAAAUAA